GCUCCAGGUCCCAAAGUGGCCACAGAGACUCUGAGACUCGGACUAAAGUGGCAAGAUGAGCGCCCUGUCUCCGCUCCUGUCUGCCCUCUUUCUGGCACUGCUAUACCUGCUCCAGACUUCCAAUGGAGCUUCCUAUUUCGGGGACAGCUACUGUCGGAUAGAUUCUGUUCAGGACCUGUCAAGUUUUCAAGUGUCGCUCCAAUUUGAAACAAGCAGACGUAGCGGUCUACUCCUACUGGCAGCAGGACACAGAGAUUACCUCUCACUGGAGCUCUACAAUGGCAGAUUACAGGCUAGAAUUGACAUGGGCUCCGGAGAACAGGUUCUCUCCUCCACCAUGGGUCUCCAGCUCAGUAACCUUCUGGAGCAUCAUGUGUCUCUCAUUAUGAAAGACUCCAAACUUACUAUGGCCAUAGACAAACUGUAUACCACCUUCAUCCCAGUGGAGAAUGAAGAUGAGUACCUGAACAUCGACAAGGGCGUUUUUCUUGGGGGUGUGAGGGACCUGGAAGUGGAGUACUUGAGCACAGCUAUUCCCUCCCUGCGUGGUUGCAUGAGCAACGUUAUGUUUAAAUCUCAUGAUUUUGAUAUUCUGGAUUCAGCAGCUACAGUCUGCUAUGAUACCAAGGACAGCUGCAGCAGUGAGUUUGAGGCAGGGGACGGAGACGCCACAAGCUUUAUCAGUCCAGAAUCAUUCGUCUCUCUCCCUACCUGGACCAGACUUAGCUCAGGCUCCCGUAGCCUGGAGAUGCUGAUGAAGACGACCAUUGAAGAUGCUCUGUUGCUCUUCCACCCAGGACACCAGACAGACUUCAUUGCAAUCGGAAUGGCAGGAGGGUUCCUAAAAGGUGUAAUGGAUCUGGGAAGUGGAAUGUAUGUGCUAGACAAUGUGCAGGUGAAAGUUGAUGAUGAUCAGUGGCACAGAGUAAAAGUUCAAAUUGGCCCCAAUGAGUUCUUAAUAAAUGUGGACAGUGACAUAGUUUCUCUCCCUCUUAAUGAGACAGAAAAUCUGGAUCUAGUGGGGAACCUGUAUCUAGGAGGUAUUCAAAGAAAGAUGAAGGAUGUGUUUCAGAAUUAUUUGGCUCGUGUGGAGGAGGAGGUCACAACAGAGUCCUUUAUUGGAUGUUUAGGAGAAAUCAAGGUGAAUCAGAAGGGCAGAAGCCUGCAGGAUGCUCUGAUAACUAAAGACAUUCAUGUGAAAUGUGAAGGAGAAUAUGAUUACUCAGCUUAUGAUGAAGAUUUGGAGUUUACAACUUCACCUCCAGUAAUAAUCACAUACUUUAAUGUUAAUACUGAUGAAAGACACUGUUUCCCUACAGAGGACUUGCCAGAGAUGUUCCGCAAUAUUUCCAGGCUCCUGGACAUAACUCCUCUGCUGGUUCUUGAGGGAGGAGAGGCCAACAUUGACAUUGUAAACCUAAACCCAACAUUUAACCUAAAAGCUGCAGGUGUUCGUGAAUCUGAGAUCAUCUUUACUCUGCUGAACGAUCCCAGGUAUGGAGUGGUUGAUAUGAACUUAAGACAGACAAGAGUAAAGAAGUUUACCCUUCUUGAUGUUGUCAACAAGAAAAUCAAGUAUAUUCAUGAUGGUAAUGAAAGGUAUGGAGAUCAAAUCCAACUAGAGGUGACUGUCCAUGGAACAAAUCUCCCAGAGUGCUUGAGUGUUGCACACAAGUUUGUUCUACCGGUGGAGAUCAUACCCUUCAAUGACAUCCCUCAGCUUAGUGCAGGUGACAUCUCAAUCACAGCUUAUGGGCGCACACGUUUGAGCCCCAACCUCAUUAAAAUCUCAGACUCUGACAAUCGUUGUGCUGAACUUGAGGUCACAGUCACGUCGGACCCUACUGCUGCUGGAUAUCUGGAAAAUGCUCAGCAGCCAGGAUUUGGUCUAAGAGAGUUCACUUGUAGACAACUAAAAGAAGGAAAUAUCUACUAUGUGCACAAAGGAGGAGAAGUGCCAGAACUUACCCUGCAGGUCUCAGAUGGAGAUUCAGUUAGUCACUCAAGCACAUUUAAGUUGCUUAUAACCCAGCCACAGAUGACUGUAGUCACAAAUACUGGCCUUCUGAUCACCCAGGAUGAAAGCACCCCUAUUGGAAUACAAAAUCUGGCCAUUUCUGCAACUCCAAAAACUGGUGAUGUUGUGUAUAAUGUCACUCAGCCACUUCAGUUUGGAGAACUGCAGUUGAUCUCAGAUGAUGGGGUACCAAAAAGAGUCACACUAUUUCAUCAGUCUGACCUGGAGCAAAACCGACUGAAAUAUGUUCCAAACCCCACAGUUGAUCUCAAGGGCACAGAAACGGAGUUUAUUCACUUCAAUGCACAGCUUGGACAGGUCGUCCUUCCAGACAAUUUAUUUAUGAUAGAGAUCAUGCCUGCUCUUAUAGGACUAGCUAAAAGUGUUCCUCUAGAAGUUGAAGAUGGACAGCAAAAGGUCAUUAAAGCUGAACAACUACAAGCUUUUGUAAUGGAAAGCAACACUGAUUCAAGAUCAAUCCAGUACAUGAUUACAAAAAGCCCAGUCCAAGGAGUCUUGAUGAUGCUUGAUAAAGAGUUGUCUGAUGGUGAUACCUUCACCCAACAAGACAUUUUGAAUGGUUUCAUAAGCUACAGUCCUCGUGUCCGCAGAGCGGUUGACUUUGAAGAUCAGUUCCAAUUCAAAGUAAUCACAGAGGAUCAGUACUCCAGAGUGUACACCCUUCCAAUCAAAAUCAAGGCUGAUUCUGAUGCUCCUGUCCUCAUCAAUGAGAGACUUGUUGUGCUUGAAGGAAAUGAAAACAUCAUAAAUAAAGAAUACCUCUGGGUUCAAACCUCUACCUCAACAGACUUUGUGUACAGGAUAGUGCAAGAUCCUAAACAUGGUCGUCUUAUCAGAGACUCCCCACCAGGAAUGCAAAGGUUUGAUGGUGCAAUUCAAGUCUUUAGCAAUGAGGAUCUUUCUUUGAACAGGUUGGUCUACAAACAUGAUGGAUCAGAGACAAGUCAUGACCAGUUUUCCUUUCUGGCAUUUGAUUCAAGAGGUGGCAAUGGUUGGCGAGAAGAGGGUCAUGAGGUACUGAGGGGAGUGUUUAACAUUGCAAUACAAUCCAGGAAUGACUAUGUACCUCAAAGGGUAAUUCACAAACCUUUUAAUGUUGUCAGAAAUGGCCAGCGUUUAUUGACCACUGAUGACAUUUUGUUCAAAGACGAUGACUCUGACUUCAAUGACACCCAGCUGGUUUAUGUGAGAGUGGGGAUUCUUUCAGGAAACAUUGUCUCUGCAGUAGACCAAACUCAACCUCUCUACCGCUUUACCCAGGCUGACCUGAGAGACGGAAAGGUUUUGUUUGUCCAUCAUGGGGCAGAUCGUGAGCGAUUCCAACUUCAAGUAUCUGAUGGUUUACAUAAGACAACAGCUAUACUUCAGGUGCAAGCAGGUGACCCUUACCUACAUAUAGCCAACAAUACCAUGGUGGUCAUGGACCAUGGUAGCACCAAGACACUGAACACUAGUCUGCUAAGUGCAGAGACCAACGUGGACAUCAGAAGUGCAGCUGAGAUCAUUUAUGAUGUGACUUCUCCUCCCAGUGAUGGUAGGAUUAUAGUCAGUGGAAUUGAAUCCUCUACAUUUACACAGGAGGACCUGACUAAGGGUGUGGUCUCCUAUGAACACAGUGACCAGAGCCUUAGCUCAAAAGAUUCAUUUGCCUUUACUGUGCAAGCUAAGGGUUGGUCCACAGAGGGCACUUUCAGGAUUAAGAUAUUCAAGAAUGGAUACCUGUCACAGCCAAAGGUCGUGUCAAAUCUUGUGAUUCUUGCCUAUGAAGGAGAGCAUUCUGUUAUUGAUGCAAGCCACCUGGAGGUUAUGCAAAAAGACAUCCUGCCCAAAGAGAUGGUGUACUCCGUCAAAGACUUUCCACGGCUGGGUCAUGUGGUCGAACUCAAAAAUUACUCAGACAGCACAGCGUCACCCGUGCUGGACUACAUUCAAUCCUUCACACAAGAGGACUUAAACCUGGGCAGAAUCUUUUACGUCUCUGCUUCCCUUCAGGGCCAGGAUCACUUCACAGUCGAUGUCAGCAAUGGCUUCACCACCAUAGAAGAUCUACAAGUGCAGGUGCUCAUUGUUCCGCGCAUCAUACCAAUCCAGGUGGUCAACCUCACUGUGAGGGAGGGUGGAUCUGUGGCGCUGACCCAAGAGGUUCUGAAUAUCACACACCAAUUCUACCGUUCCAUGAACAUCGAGUUUAUAAUGGAGGAAGCACCUCAGCAUGGAGAUAUUAAGUAUCUGGAUGUAGAAGAUGGACUUGUCACCUUCACCUGGGAGGAUGUACAACAGGGACAGGUGUACUACAUCCACGACAGCAGCGAGACCACAGAGGACAGUUUCACACUCAUGGGGACUGCUUUUCACAUCACCCGCCGGAGUGCGUCCCUGACCAUCGGCAUCACAAUCCUCCCUGUGAACGACGAGCCGCCCCGCCUCCAACACAACACCGGAAUGGAGCUUCUAGCUGGCGAGGAGUCUGAAAUCACAGCCAAUAUGCUGAGCAGCGAAGAUCUUGACACCCCUCCGGAGGAGCUGGUGUAUACCAUUGAGAUGCACAGCAAUGGGAUUGUUGCCUUUAAAGUGUCCCCGGAUGACAGCGUGGACAGUUUCACCCAGGCUCAAAUUAAUAACGGAGAGGUUUUAUUCAUUCAUGAGGGCUCAGAGUCUGGUGGGUUCAGCUUCACCGUGACUGAUGGAGAACACACUUCACCUCUCCAACGCUUCACUGUCAAGGCAAGACAGCUCACCAUCUCCAUGGAAACGAAGGGAGAACUCAUGGUCUUCCCAGGCACCAGGCAGGUGAUCAGGGGAGUAUUGCGGGCCAUAACAAGUGAAGGCGGUGAUGAAAUCACAUACUCACUAGUGAAACCUCCUCGCUUGGGACGAAUAAUCAAACCUAACCAGCGUGGACAGUUUGAGGAGAUCACUAGAUUCACACAGACUGAGUUGGAUGCAGGUGCCAUAUAUUAUGAGCAUCAGAUGCCGGCCGAGCCCUUCUGGGUCCUGAAGGAUUCUGUUGAGCUGGCCCUCAAAUCGCCCCUAGCAACAGAGCUGCAUCACAGCCUGCCAGUCACUGUGUCAUACUACGCAGCCAAUCAAAAUGUGUCAUCUCAGCUCUGGAAGAACAAAGGUGUGUCUUUGGUGCAGGGUCAGUCUAAAGUGAUUGACAGCUCUGUUUUGGAUGCUUCUAACCUGCUGGCCAGUUUGCCGGAGCAGAAGCGGACAGGGCAGGACAUUGUCUAUGAAGUGCAUCGGUUCCCCAAUCAUGGACGACUCACUCUCGGAGGGUCUGACCUGCCUCGUGAUGCUCCCCGUUUCCUGCAGGAUGACGUGGCACGUGGUGAUCUAGAGUACAAUCACGAUGACUCUGGAGCAUCUUCUGAUAGCUUCUCUUUCCGGGUCCAUCUGAACCCCAGUGGCCGCACUCCGCAAGUCCAGCCCGGUGCCGUGGUUCUGGAGGAGAUCUUCCUGAUCUCCAUAAGACGGCGAGACUCAAACCCGCCAGAACUUGUAAGCUUGGACUUGCUCCUGGAAGCACUGCAGGGCUCCACGACCAUCAUCUCCAAAAACUACCUCAAAACAGUUGACCAGGACAGCACACCAGACGAGGUCCGAUUUAUCAUCUCCAAGAGUCCAGCUAAUGGAUACGUCAUCUACACAGACUCUGGAGAUCGGAUCAACCGGUUCAGCCAGGAAGACAUCAACACUGGGCGGGUUGCUUUUGUUAGCGAUGGAAGUCUGUCCGAUGGUUUCAUGGAAUUUAUAGUUUCUGACGGGAAACACCAAACAGACCCAUACACGCUGCAUAUCGGAAUCCUAGCCAAGUCUCUUAUACUGAAAAAAGCUCCAGAGAUCCACGUAAGGCAGGGAGAUGACGAGACGCUAAUCACAGAGGAUAUGCUGAGCACCUCCACUGGGGGUCCUGUUGAGGAAGAUGUACUCUACAAGAUUACCAAUGUCCCAAAAUAUGCAGCUGUAAUGGUGGACAGACAGCCCACAUCGGCUUUCACGCAAAAGCAGAUCAAACAAGGAAGAGUGAGUGUCCGUUUCAUUAAGUCCACCUCACCGAGAGAUAGCGUGGCCUUUAUGGCCCGAAGCAGGGCGGCAAAUGUGUCCUCUGUUCUCAACAUUACUGUGAAACCACUGGCAAAGUUAGCCCAGAAUCCCCUGCUCCCCAGAGGUGCUACUGUACUCGUAGACAGAAAGUUGCUGGACGCUACACCUCUGGCCAACAAGACCAGAACAUCUCCAACUUUCAGCAUUAUCCAGCAACCUCAAGGAGCUCGGUUCGUCAAGAGGGGUGAGCAAGAAAAUGGCCAAAAUGUGAGUUCCUUUACCCAACGAGAACUGGAUGAAGGUUGGAUAACUCUGGAGAUCUUAAACACAACUGGGGGUCAAAACACUGGAGGUCAAGGUCAAGAUGAAGCACGCUUUCUCCUAAAAGCACACGGCGUUCCUCCUGCAGAGUGCAUCUUGCCCUUCCAUGUGGUCCCUUAUGACCCUUCUAGAGUUUAUGGUGCUACACUGCUCAAAGUGCCACCGGUGUUCGUCAAGAGCGAUCCAGGUCAAGCCGAGCCCAGGUGGAGAGAUGGUGAUGUGGCUUCUGGCAGCACUACAGCGACUCCUGUGGUGUCUAGACGAAAUACUCUGUGGGCCAUCCUUAUUCCCAUUCUCGUCAUCCUCCUACUCGUGCUCCUGGCUGCAAUGCUGGCCUACUACUUGGUACGUCGCAACAAGACUGGGAAGCACAACGUCCAAACAGUGGCAGCAAAGCCGAAGAAUGGAGAAGUGAGUCAGGAGACUUUUAGGAAAACCGAUCCUGCGAACAACAUCCCCAUGUCAAACAUGGACUCCAAAGGGGCGGAUCCUGAGUUAAUACAGCACUGUCGGACAACAAACCCAGCACUGAAGAAGAACCAGUACUGGGUUUGAGAUGGGGAGGCGACCGGACACUUGUGUUUUCAAGGCCUUGAAUCAUUCCAGUCAGUGUUAUACAAUUUUCUUACCAUUAUUGAUGUUUCAGAAUUGAAUUCCAGCACAUAUCUGAGUUUUGGGUUUCUUAGAUGGCACAGCCAGAUCUGUGUGUGUGCUGAUGUUCUAAUACUCACAUGGUAAUUUCUCAACUGAGGUGGAAUUAACCAACUUUUAAGGUACUUUUGGACAAGAACAUAACAUGUUAUGUUUGAACAAUCCUUCUUAUGUAUGUUUAGGCAGUAACUUACUAAGAUCUUAUUUUUAGUGUUAUUUACGUUUAUGUUUGUUGCUUUUAAACACCAAUCAAUAUAUGUGCCAUUUUCCCAACAGCCUGUUUUCUUUUGUGAUGCAUUGUGUAAUUUAAAAUUGUGCUGCCAAUUUGGCACCUUUGUGAUGGCUUGUUUAAAGGAAUAUGCUGAGUUCAAUACAAGUUAAGCUCUGUCAACAGCAUCUGUUACAUCAUGUUAAUUACCUGAGAAAAUAUCAAAAUAGCUUGCACUUACAGUGGAAGUCAUUGCUCCUUUAAAAUACACACAGAAAUAUAGCCACACGACUUCAAUUUUCUAAAUUACCAACUGUCUUUGAAUGACUUACUAGCCUUGUCUGUGAAAAGUUAUCCAACUUCAACCAAUUAUGGCCACAUAAAGUCAGUAAACUCUACUCCUAAAUCCAUCCACCUAGAAAAGUAGUCCCAUUGCAAAAGGUAUUAUUUAUUUUAGACCAGCUUUUCCAAACCUAUUCCUUGAGGCACACCAACAGUACACAUUUUUUAUGUCCAGGAUCUAUUUCAAGUUGUGGAGUUUCUACUAAUGAUAUCAUGAAUUGAUCAUGAAUGAAUUUGGUGUGUUUGACUAGAUAGAGUUUGAAAAUUAGGUUUGGUAGUUAAUAAAAACGCUUUAACAAACAUUCAACCAACAACUUUGCAAUAUAUUACCCUAUAGAUUCACCGCAAGUGCUUGUUAAUAACGUAUUUUCUUGUGGUAAUUGACAGCAUAACAGUCAUAGAAUUAUUAAGUUGAAAAUAUGCUUUGAUUUUGUGUUAUUAAUGUGCAUGAUGUAAAUUUCAACCAUAGAUGGGCUAUUGUAAAGAAUGGUUAAAAAAAUGUGGAAAAUGCAAGAAAAAACUACAGAUGUUGAAGGUGGAAACAACAAAGUGGAUUUGUAAGAAAACUGAAGGUACCUGUGUUUGUACAACUUGUUCGAAAAAGUAUAACAAUAUAUUUUGGCCAAUUAUUGUUUUGUACAGAACUGGGAUAAGUUACAAAGCAACAGUAUUAUGGUCAAUGGAGUAUAAAUAGAAAAGUGUAGUACAAUUGAAUGUGUGUGAGAUGUAACAGAAGUUGGAAAAAUUAUACAUACUCUGCUUCAGUUUGGUCAGAUUAUGGUGCUAGUGUCGCUUUAAAAAUCGUAUUAUGCCUGCUCAAAAAGAGUAAUCUCACAGCCAUGCCAUGUAUAGCUACUUCUCAGUCUUGACACAUAAACAAUGCUGAGAUUUAAUCGUUUGAGACUGUAAAUGAGACUUCAUGUUUACUAAUCAUCAUAUCACUCGUGUGAAAGUAGAACGAACAGCCUUACUGAAUGCUUUUAGUUAUUUUUCUAUAAAUCUAUCUUUUCUACUCUGUUUGUUGUAUGUGUUUCGUCCGUAAAAGCUUUCAUCCACUGCACUGAUUACAGGCACUGAAGAACUCUAAUGUUUUCUCCUUCAGAACUGCAGCCACGGACAGGAAGUGAGUCAGCAGUGGCUGUAAUCACGCUGUGUCCUGAUUGGCUGCGGGGAAGAUAUGAGGUCAUUAUUCCUCAGACUGCAGCGUCUAUUUUCCAGAGCUGCUUCUGAGCUCAGUUCACAACUUUUGUUUUAGGUUUAAAAAGACAGACAAU